AUGGAACAGACGACUCACGAUUUAUUGGCCUCUGCGCCUCCCACCGUCCCUGCUCCUCCUGGCUCUUCUGGCUCUUCUUCGGUGCUAUCAACAGCAUCAUCAUCAUCAUCAUCAUCAUCCACGGUAGACACCCCAUCUCAAAGCUUCAUAUCCCAGUCUUCUGCCAUAGCACCACCUGUGGCCUCUAAUUCCGAACGCUCAUCUGGUUUUGCCGGAAGUGUUUUGGAAGAACACGAUUUUUCAAAUAAUGACUCUCCUAUGUGCGAGAGCGAAGUCUUACAAGUAGUGUUUAACAGUAUCAAAUGUGGUUUAUCGGCAGUUAGCAAGUUUUCUGCUAAAUUCGAAAAGUACUUGGAUCAAACAGAGAAGUACUACAGCGACGAUUCCAAUCAUGAAAAAGAAAUGAAAAAAUUAGCCUAUAAGUUCCUUCUCGAGGACUUGUCAUUAUCCAAUAACGAAGAAGAAAUAAAACUAAAACAGAUCAAUAACUCUGCUAUGGCUGAGCAACCAUUCGACACGAACGACGAUAAAAAAGACAACGCCGACAUGUCAAUUCCAAAUCUAAAAUCGGCUUUUGUCAAUUCUCUGAGGCAAAAGCAAUUAGCCCGGAGCUAUUUUGAAUCAAACAAGAAAUUGUACCACAAAUUAUUGAAUGAAAUUAAAAUCCAAAAUCCAAGAUUCUUGAAGCACGAGCACAGCAGCACGGUUACUAAAGGAGAUUCUGUGAUUUCUGUCAAUUUUUCUAAGAUCAAUAGAAAUUUGAAAAAGGCCGAAGAAAUCCUUAAUUCAUACCAAAAGAAAAUCAACAAAAUGAAUACUGAUUGCAAAAAAAUCAUGGACUCGAUUGGUAAAUUGUCUUCAAAAAGCGAUUCUAAGAUAUUGCUUCAAAAGAGAAACGCUUUGAUAACCCAGCAUCACAAUACAAUUGAAUUUUCGGUGUUUUUAACCUUCAAGCUAUUCAAGUUUGAGAUCUUGGAGUACUUCCUUUAUAUUAGAGACAAUGUUCCAUUUACUCAUGAAAUAUGGAAAGUCUUGAACUUCAGAGAGGUAUACCAAACUUUGUACCAAAUUGUGUUAUACUUUGAGUAUUGCUCAUCCACCAUCACCAUGUCAAAACAGAGUGCCACCCCCAUUAGUUUUAUUUUGCCAAGCUCUCAAAGAGAAGCUUCUCUUAAAAAAUAUGGAUUUGAUGUGGAUUACGGCAAGCAAGCGGCUGUUCAAAGUAGUAACAAGCUAAAGGCCAGUGAGGUUUCAACAUGUCUAUCAGAAAAGGAGUUAAUGGAAGAAUAUCCAGAACGCUACAAGAGAUUUUCCGCAUAUUGCAAAAAAUUAUUCGGUUUUGUUUCGCAAAUAGACCACGGAAAAUCAAAAUAUACUGUUAAUCAAGAACAUUUUUAUCAUAAGUUGGCGGAGAUUCAAGGAGAGACUAAAAGUGAAAAGAUAUUGAAGAAAGAUAAUAUUUUGACAAAAAAUUUCAUUAGCUGUAUUUAUCAUCAUCAAUCGCUUUACGAAGUCUUGAGCAAUCUAAUGAUCAAUUACCAUUUAAGAUACUUGAAAUUGAUUGAUAAAUUCGUUACCGACAACAAAGAUUCCGAUUUUUUCAGCACCAACCUCUUGCCAGUGUGUGGGAAAUCUCAGGAUGCUAAAGUUACCAAAAAGUUUAGUUCUAGCAAUAAAUUCGAGACUUUGAUUAUGUUGAUUAAAUCGAAAAUCAGAAAGAAUAUUCUUAAAUUGCAAAUGAUCAACCAAGAAUUUAUCAAUAAGUUCAUUGAAUCAGACUACAAGAUUUUAGCGGUUGACAAAUUCAACAUUCUUAAACAAUUACCGGAAUUGAUGGUGAAAUCAAUGAGGAUUUUAUCGGAUUCCUUUGAUUAUAUUUUUUCGUUGAUUCCGUUAUUUCCUGUGUCUAAUCCUCCAAAUCGUUUGUUUGUGGCCCCACUCAACCAAACCCCUCCGCUUAUGCCUAUGGGAUCCCACGGAUUUUUACCUCCUCCUCCAAUCCCUGUGGCCGUGCUAUCUCCAAUGAAUCAUCUUGGCAGAUCAAGUUCUAGAACUGAUAGGAAAAGACCUAUGGAUAUUGGCAGCAGUAGCUCGUCAAAAAAUAAGUUGAGUGGAGGACCAUCGGCCGGACCAAACAGUCGAACCACCACCUCGGGGUCUAACUCUGCUAGUACUAGCAAUCAAGGUACUCCAUUAUCAUCAACAAUUAGUAAGUACCCAGGUAAUACCACCGUGGGGACUCCUCAUUUACCACCAUCAAUUGCCACUUCCUCGUUGGCGCCUACUCCGAUUCAAUAUAGCAGAAAAUUUAAAGAUUCUCGUCAUCAUCAUCAUCAGCUUCUUCAUCGUGGUCAUUUGCUUCGGAGCCAUAUCCAUCAGAAACAGAGCCGUCAUUAUAAUGCAUAUUACAACCAAUAUUAUAAUGGGAGAUUGGGGUACGGGACUAUGGAUUCCACCGACACUUCCUUCUUGAGCACUAGUUGGUUCAUUUUACAUGACUUGAAGCGUAAAUUUAAUGAUUUGAUAAAUGGGUCAUUUGGGAGAUACGGGAAGUUCUUGAAUUCGAUUGAUGAUAUUGACUUAUUUUUCAAUGAAUUGGGCAGCGGUAUUGGUGCCGGUUCCGAUGUGGCUGAAGAUAGUAGUAGCGCAGGUAGUAGUAGUAGUGAUAAGUCUGACAAUUCCAGCAGCAACGAUGAAUCCAGUGAUCAAGAUUCCGACAAGCGUGAAUCAAAAAGGAGAAAAUUGAAUAAUCCUGUUUCCACUGGUACCAGAAUUACUGGGUUGGGUUUUGUGGCGGUGAACAAUAAUAAUGUGAACAAUAACCUCUCGGGGCUUAUGUCAGCUCAAAAUUCUACUUUUGGAACAUUUAAAGCUUUACAAGCUGACAUUGAUAAAUCAUUUGAUGAUUUGAUUCAAUCUAUUGAUACAGAUGACAAUUUGACCGAAUUGACUAAUUUUAUUAUUUUAUGA